AUGGACGUCCCUAACCCUGCAGGUCGCGUCACCCUCCCCAAGCACAUCCUGGACAUCUGGGCCAUUGUGUUAAUCAUCCUGGCCACCAUCCUGGUCAUGACGGCCCUGGUGCUCUGCCCAGCCACCGCCGUCAUCAUCCACCGGCUACGGACUCACCCCACGCGCAACGGCAUCGUCUGA